GACUCCGGCAACGGAAACAACGCGAACACGGAGAGGCAUGUUUGAUAUAUGUGUUUGGUUUGAAGAAGUGGAAUAUAUUGUGCGUUUGAGGAAGUUCGUUUUGAAGGAGCGGGGAGGAUGUUGCGAGCUCCUUUUAUAGCCGAUCCGGGGUCCUCGGGCUCAGACCUGCAGAGCGUAGCGGCAGUGCAGGCGACCACGUUUCCGGGGGGGAUCCGGGGUGUGGAACACUGUGGAGAGGGCCGCAUUCCGAAAUCGAGAAGUGCACGACAUAUGAGUGAUGACGUGCUCUGUGCGAGGCGAGCCAGAGCAAAGCCUCAAAGGUCAUCCCGAGCCACGAAUAAUGAGACUUACUGUACAGACAGCCACGGCCCUGCACCUUUGUUGUUUUUUAUGACCUCUGACCUGAAUUGCCUUUUCCGAGCCAUGCCGAGCCCUUCCAGAUCAUGUGUCACCCGUAUGCCCCAUACUAUGCAAUGCAUGUGGGGGACUCUCCAAGGCCAAAGCUGCGGGGCUCCCGAUUUUCUCGCCAAGGAAGCCACCUCGCUGCUAUCGCAUCAGCGCAGGACGCCGGAAUGUUCUUCCGAUUGCCGCUUGCCAAGCCCUGCUUCCAAAUUCUUCUGGGCGUCAAGUUCGCGACCAAGCCGCUUCCAAUCAUUUCAUGAACUCAUCAUGCCAAGGGGGAUGGUGACAGCCUGUGACGCCUCUGUGUGCGCGUAACGGUGGAACACGUCGCCACCAUGAAGGUUCAGACUGCCUUGCUUUUUUGACAGCUCAAGUCCGCUUUGAAGGAGAUGGACAUCUGCGUCAAGGUGAAACCUUCCUUCGACGGACAUGCGGGCACAGUCAGUUGUGAAGAUAGGUGUGAUGUGAAAAGUCCUGUGGAGACAGCAAACAGCACAACAUGCGGUAGGAAGGGGAGAUUACUAGGUAUAGAUUGGGUAUGUACCAACGGCUCCGAGAGCAGGAGCUCCUACUACUACCAACUUCUUUCGAUAUUAGGAUGAUCUGCUAGGCCCCGUAGAGACGUGGUAGUACGCCAUGGCACAGACCAGAAAGUUUGCACUACGACAAUACAGAGGUC